UAUUGAGUGGGAGGGUCUUCUUCGCCACACACACGCACACAGACACUCAACCGAUGUUUUCCCGUAAAGAAGAAUGAUCACAAACAAGAUCAUUAAGGUGAAUAACGGAGGCGAAUGGAGAAAUUCCAAAACCUGCACACGAGACGAGCCUUUUUCCAGAUGUUUUUGGGAUUAAAAGAACAUUUUUUAAAUUCACCGAGGCCAGAACUGAGAAACUUACAGCAACAAGGAAGCAUUUUAUGGUGAUGAUAGCAACGAUUUUAUCGAACAAGACUCCACAAGCAAGACACCCCUGUGAUGGACCAUGGAGUUGAAGAUAUUGGUCAUUUUAAUAGUAAUGAGCUCAUCUGCUGCCCAGGAAGUAAAGAACCUGACCAGCACUGAAGGAGGAUCCAUCACAUUACCAGACCCUAUACUGAAGUUGGGAUUUCUUUUAUAUGGAGGAUCCAAUGUAGCUUUGGUAAUCAACAGUGAAAUCAGUGUAGUGGAUGAAAGAUUUAGGAACAGAGUUUUCUGGGACAAAAACACUGGACUGUUUACAAUCAGAGGACUGCAGAGAAACGAUUCAGGAAUUUAUUCAGUUGAUUCUAAAACAAAGGGUGUUUUAACAUCAUAUCGGCUCACAGUGUACGAGUCUGUCCCAGAGCCUGGAGUGAACAGGUCCAGUGUGAGUGCUGAGAGCUGCACCUUGCUGUGUUUUGUGAAGAAGAGCGAGGCGACGACACUGUCCUGGUACAGAGGAGAGGAGAUACUGAACCAGAGCCGCACCGCUGCCUCUCUGCCUCUCACUGUACACAAGCACAAUUUCAGCUCAUCUUAUAGAUGUGAGGCUGCCAACCCUGCUGAGAAUAAAUCAUUUCCAGUCAACUUCACAACAUCCUGCAGUGAAAAUAUCAUUAAUCACAGCAGAAGUGGUUUUGACUGGUCCUUGCCACUAGUCGUGGGGAUUGUGGCUUCAGUUCUUUGCUUUGUCAUUUUCAUUAUCUUGACGGCGAGAUACUGUAUGACAAAGAGGAGAAAAACAGACAGACAUUCGGAAGGUUCAGUCAACAGAGAAGAGGAAGUUCUCUAUGCUGAUGUAACUAUUAUUGAUUACAGGGCCAGACAGGGAAAUACACCAGACUCCACUCCAGUUACAGACCGUGCUAAUCUAACAACAGUCUAUGACAAACUGGAAGUUCAUCGCAUGGCGCAGACUAAUGCAGACAUUGUGCAGAGCAUGACGACAUAAACAUUUGAUGAAGUUUCAGCAGCUUUACCGGCACAGCAUGUCAGUACAAGCAGCAGCCAAGGAGAAAAAGCAGUCGGGCUGUUUAAAUGAUAUCAGAGCAUCGCUGACGGGUACAGGCUUGUUCAAACUACAGCACAAACUUUCCGGACUGUGAUUCAAGCCUCUGUGGGAUUUAAAUGUACAAGACAAACUUCAUUAGUCACAGCAUGGCUGACAGUUUGAGCUCACACUGCAAUGAAAUAAGGGUUUUGGCAAAAAA